UGAACAAAUGACCCGAAAAGAGUUGAGUGAGGACCCGAAUGUGGUUCUUCACUAAAUGGGCUAAACCAUUUGCCUUUCCAUACUAAAAUUUGGGCUAAUGGGCUUAAAAUGGGUAUUUACUAGAACCUUCUCGGCUUCAAUCCUGUAGUAGUCUUCCGAAUUCCAUUUUUGUUGCCGUCGAUUAAUCUGAAUUCUUAUCAGUUACAAUUCUCCGACGACCUUCCCGGAGGAUAACUUUUGUACAGAAUUCGCCAAUUUCAUUGGCAAAGUAACUUCUUUCCUUUUAUUAAAUCAAUGCCUCGGUAUUUCUGUGACUAUUGUGACACUUACUUGACACAUGAUUCGCCUUCUGUCAGAAAACAGCAUAAUGCCGGUUACAAACACAAGGCUAAUGUACGGUCUUAUUAUCUGAAGCUUGAGGAGGAGCAAACACAGAUUCUGAUAGAUCAGAAAAUCAAGGAGCGCCUUGGGCAGGCAGUAGCCUACCAGCAAAUAGGUGCAGCUUAUAAUCAACAUCUUGCUGCCUUCCCUGGUCAAAGACCCCGCCUACCUAUGAUGCCACCUCCUAUGCUGCCUGUUCCAGGAGUGAUGCCCCCACAAUUAAUGGCAGGUGCCAGACCUCCCAUUUUGCCUGUUCCAGUUCUUGGUGCUCCAGGUAUUUUAUUAUGGACUUACUGUUAUGAAGCACGCCCCACCCCCACAUUGAGGCAUUUUCGUUAUUCAGCAGUUCCUCCAACUGCACCAACUGCAGGGCAGAUGCCACCUGUUGCAUCCUUGCCGAUGCAACUCAAUGCUUUUCCAGCUCCUCCUGCACUGAAUCCCCUUGUAGGUGUUCCAGGUGGAGCCCCUCCACCUAGUGUAGGCAGCGCCCCUUUUCCUGCUACACAAUCAAUGUACCAGCCAAAUCCCAAUGGAAUUGCUGCCUCUUCUGCUAAUGAGACAACAACCAGCUAAGUUUGUACUCAAGCCAGUGAUAUUUUGACCAUCUUCUGUGUUCUCAGUAGGAUAUUAUGGCUUCUUAAGGCGUACCGGUACUGAACAUCAUCAAGUUCUCCUGAUAAUUGUAGAGAAGAGAGAACUUUUGCUUCUAGGAAGAAUAUCAUGUCCUUGAUCUGAUUUAAUGAGUAUUUGCUGGUUCUCAUGUAUUGUACCUUAAAUCUCAAAAAAGGAAACUCGGACUUGUUAGUGCUGAACUACUCUGCCAAUAACCCUUACACUAUGUUUGGAUCAUUGUUAUCCAUUGUAUUGUAUCGUUGUUAUACAUACAAUGUCUGUUUUGGUUGUUACUUAAAAUGCAUUGUACUGUAUUGUUAAAUUUCAUUGUUACGUAACAAUGGAAACUCCUAUUUUAUGAAA